CUGGCGACUCAGAGACACAACACCUAGCGCAGGAUAACACAUUAAUCAGGUGUUGAGAUACUUAACAAACAGAACACGACUUUGUAUCCCGAAUCUACUCGUGCACGGAACAAAAAUGGGCUGGAAUCUGCGGGGAUUAUUUAUCAUGACAAUUAUUUGUUUGCUAUUUGAAAAUGGUUAUUGCUUCAGCCUGUCGGGGAUUGGAAUGACCGGAGAGCGUCAUCUCCGGAGGGAGAAGCGUUGUUCCUGCAGCAGCCUGAGAGAUAGGGAGUGCAUCUACUUCUGUCACAAGGACAUCAUCUGGAUCAACACACCAGGGAAAACCAUACCUUAUGGCUUAGGAAGCCCUCGAACACGCCGCAAAAGAUUGACUCCAAGGUGCAAAUGCACAGAUUCCAAUGACAGAGUGUGUUCACGAUUUUGCCAAUUGGAUGGAACGAGGGAUGACACCACUCUGCAGAAUAAUAAUGUUACAAGUAUACAACAUCAAAACCCAUUAAAGUACCAAAGCUCAAGUUCAAAUCAACAUCAAGAAAUAAAAAAUACACAUUUGGUUCAGAUAUUAAGACAAAUUGCACAGUCAAAUAUCCAGCUUGCUGAAAGGAAGAAAUUUCCAACGAGACAGAAUCAAGUUAAUUUGACACAAGUGGAAAACCAAAAGGGGAGAUGAGCUGUUAAGACAGAGCUCACUCCUUCCAGAGAGAGAGAGCCAUCUUUGGCUUCUGUUCUCCUUCCAUUGAAGGCAUGUAAGGUACAUGGAGAGAACAAGAAGAUACAAGGAAGGUGGAGAGAUCAGUCCACAAAUAUUAACAAGCUGGCACUGAAUACAUAUUUCUCUGUUGGACUGUAUCGCAAUUGUAAUGGGAAAAAGGGGAAGAGACAUACGCAGAUCAUAGGAGGAAGUGGAGCUGAUCAGCUUUUCUGAAGUCUUGCUGAAUAUGACACCUUGAGGUUUAGCAAGUCACUUAUGGUCUACAUAAGAACAGCAGCAUUGGUAAGAGAGGGGAGAAAGACUGGCUUUGAUACAUUUACCACAAGAUUGACAACAAUCAGCUUUAAUGAACUGGAGGCAGAAUGAUAUCACUCUCCUGGAUUGCUGUUGGGUACCAGAACUGAAAGCAGACAGAGGCUAAAGUGAUUGGUUCUGAUAUACCUCAACUCCUAGUGUAAAAGCAUCACUGUGGUUUUCUGUGAAGCAGAAGAGUACUUUUUCUUCUGUAGAUAGUCUUGGCUUUCAUUGGUGAAACUUGAGAGCAUCGGUUAUUGUUCUUAUGAGCUUUGACCAAGCAGAUGCUGAAGUGUAGGCAUCAGUGGAAAGGACUGAACUGCAACAAUCUGGUUGGCACUGUGCUAGCGGCACAGAUUGUAGCUCCUAGACGGGUCAAGUUCCUACUCCUACUUGCCAUUUGCUGACUACCCAUUCUUACCCUGUCUUCUUGAGCUGGCACCACUGAGGAUGUGCCAAAGACACAAGAGGCCAGGCUGUGAUAGUUCUGCCAUAGUCAGACUGCCAAUGCUUUUUGCACAGGCUUACACCUGUUUGUGACAAUAAAGGACAGUGGGAGCCCACGCAGCUAUAACGUGCAAGAUGGGAUGUCCACAAUAGAGGAAAGGAAAAUCAGAUGUGGAAAUAGACACAUUUAUCAAAAACGGGUUAACUGAGUUCAGCAUCUGUAUUAAAGAUAUGACAUCAUAGAUUUUAAUCACUUUGCUUUGGACACAGAAGCCAUGAUAGUGUUGCUAUCUUCCUCCAUUAUUUCAGCACAUAUUAACCAUUUAAUGUCUCCACUAAAUAGCAGAACAGGAAAGUAUUGUCAAUGCAUUGUACUCACUUGCUGUCACCACUCUUUCCAGGAGGUGACUCAAAACAACAUCAGUCUCCUGAAAAUAUCUCCUGAGUUUUUACUGGCAGCAGACUAGUUUUUAAGAUGUCUGGUGAGAUGAAAUCUGGAACAUAGAUGUUUGGAUAUGUAUGGACAGUAAGUGAAGACUUUCUUUCCCCAUUAAUUAGCAUUAACAAUUUCAGUGUUAAAGUUAAGGGCAGGAACAUGCAGUACAGUCCAACCAUUUCAAUAGGUUAGUCUGAAAAAAAAGGGAAGAAUGGAGAGAAGAUAUCUAUUGUGAAUAAUUGUGAGAUGGAUAAAACAAGUAAUUAAGUUGCAGGUCAAUAACGAGACAAAUGUAGGAUGAUUGGGGAAAAAAGUUUUAAAUCUUAAAUGUGUCAAACAACUGAAAUCCCUGUGCAGCAGUUCUCUCACUCUUGCUCUCUCCACACAUGCACACAGUCAGCUGAGUCCUGUGAUCCCCUGGGGAAAAGCAACAAAAAUUACAUAAAGACACCAGGCCAGGUGGAACAGAGUGCAGAGAUCUAGGAAAUUUCUUGGGCAAUAGAAGCUAGUCCAGAAGAUCAUUCCGACCCGAAUUACAUUAAAGCAACAUCUACCAUAUCCCUGUAUGAACAAAGAUUCCAAGGUAGGCUGUGCUGAAAGUGCAAGAUGUUUUCUAAGAUCAGAAGAUCAUGAACAGAUGUUUGACUGUUAGAUAAUCUCCAUUUGUAUGAAGAAAGUUGUGAGAUAAUGAUCAGCAUGAUAACUGGGUAUUAAAGAAAAGAAAAUUGACAUCUAUUGAGCAGCUGACUGCUGUAUUCUGGAGGAUAUAUUAGGUUACACAGAAGAAUAAGAUGCAAAGGGUUUUCCUCUGAACUGUCUAACUAGUCUGUUGAAAUUCUGGUCACUUUUUCAAAGUCAGAUCUUAAAUGAGAAAUUAAUCUCAUAUCCAAGCUAGUUUUCAUCACUAGGAAAGUAUGAACUGGAGAGCACAGUUCAGACCUAUAAGCAAUAACAUUGCUGUAUAAAAUCAAUGGACACAGUGAAAAGAUAGUUCAUAAUUCACAGGCCAUUGGAUGGAAACUCAACUCUCCUGCUCUGUGUUCCAAAGCAAAGUGCCCUCCGUGUAUUCAUUUUGAGGUGCUCACUAUUUUUAGCAGAGUACAAAGCUAUUGAUUCAGGACCAAUGUUAAUUUAUUACUGACGAUCUGCCUAUUACAAGGAUAAGGUGAACAACAUUUCAAUGAUUAAUUUGAAUGCAUAUUUAAUUAAUUUAUGAUUAAUUGUAAAUUAUUAUAAUUUCCUGUACUUUGGAACUAUUGUGACUAUCAUUUAUUAAUGGAAAUAAAUAUAUUUGUUACUGCCAUUAACCAGUGUAAAGAUUCAUUUACAG